AUGUCGGAAACUUAUUACAACGAUUACUUUCUCGACGACCAAUACCAAUUCCUCGAUGGCGUCGAGCUCCAUUCUCCUAUUUACCCCGUCGACAAUCCUCAGACUGUUCAAGCUCCUCCUCAAGCCUUCCAGUUUGAAGAUUACCUCAACCUUCCGGAUGAAGAGAUGCAAGGAAAUCCCACUCAAGUUGAGUUACCCCUUCCUCACAUUACUGACAAUGCAACAGUCAAUCCUCAGUUCUUUAACCAAGGCUUCACUGGCACCAUGCAACCAGUUCAACACGUCCCUGCUCCUUUCGAGUUCCCCCCUCAUUACCAGAACUCUGUCUUGAAUGACUUCCCUGACCCAGCCUAUCCUUUGCACAUCAUUGACCAAGCUGGUCGAUUGCCCCGAAACGUAACGGCGGCACUUCUUCAAGGAGUCAAACGACGCAGAGAAUUCGACGAUGAAAUCCUUCAAGUCAUCGCUAGCGGCAUUGACACCAGUGAGCCCUUUGGACUCGAUCAACAGCCAAGCAAAAAGCGCGAGACAUCCAAGGGUAAAGGUAAGGCUCUUGCCAUCUCCAUCGAGCAAGAUCCAGAGGAUCUUGCCUUAUCGGAGUAUGAAUAUGACCAAGAGGAUUUUGCGCUCUCAGACAACGAAAGUGAAGCCGAGUCAGGACCAGCACCAGGACCAGCACCAAAGGAACCUGAAGCUCCUGUCAGACCCAUCAAGGUACCUGGGAAGAAAUGGAUUAAACCCAACGCGACAACACUAGGUAAAAACAAGCGUAGCAAGAAUAUCCAGUCGAUGAACCCAUCCAGGUUCUACACUCCUCUCGCACAAGUACCUAGAAGUUGGGGAACGCCAAAUCGUGCCGGCGUACAUCCAUUCCAGUACACCAAGGAUGGAGAGUUAAAGCCACAUGUUCGCUACACGGUCAAUCAGAUACAAGAGUUCAUCUUCAACCAUCCGGGUCACACAGUCGAGGGACAAAGACACACCAAAAACUCUGGACUCACACUCUGGGUUCAAAGCGUCCCAUCCGAUUCUGCUGCACGCUACUCGCAUCAAAACUCCGACAAAUGCCGCUUCGAAGACUGCCCAGUCCGCAACGGCACCAUCCACAAGGGACACUACCGAGUCGCCUUCGAUGAGCAAUCAUCCGACCCAGUUGUCACCGACCCUUUCCACAACGCCGGACAUGUUCAUCUCUACUGCCUCGAAAGAUUCCUCGACUUUCCCUUCAUAUGUGCCAAUUUCAACGUUAGACCUGAUCAUCGUAUCCUCCCCGAGGGCCGAAACAAGAUGGCUAUCACACGAGAUCACCUCGAGAUGAAGAAAGUCGUCGGAAAGUUUAUCCGCCGCGCAGAGAGAGACCUCGCACACCCAAGUACUAUCGCCCCUCGCCAGAGAUAUAGCUACGAGAAUACCCUUAGCUAUGCUUUGACUGCAAAGGCCUUGGAGCUUGAACCCCGCAACCGUCAAAAGUUCCGGGACAAUCGUCCAAAUGCAAACUCCAUCGACAAGCACAUGAAUAACCUUGAACUUUUUGUUGCUGGUAGGGGCAAGCAAGUUCCAGGAAAUGCAUCGGAUUCCGAAGCUCCAAUCGCUAGACAACCCAGAAAGAAGAACAACAAGCGAAAGGCAGCCGAGAUUGACGAGCACGAAGAUGCCGAGUUUGAAAUUGAUGAGACGAUCUUAAAUGUUGACGGCAACACUAUCGUUGUUGUCGACGAAGGACACUCACCCCAGCUCAAGCCAAGCCCCAGGCCAGUCAGGAAAUCUCGGGAAGAGAUCAAGAGAAACGCAAGAAAGGCCAUCGCGAUCUCCAGCGACAGCUCUAGCGACACCGACUCUGGCGAUGACAGCGAUGUCUCGGAUUGGGCCCGCCCAGCCAAGCGAAGUCGUUCCAGGUAA